UAAGUCCACGCUUUAAAGUGUAUUACUUCCUUCAUGGAGCGGAGUUGCUUGAUAACUCCUUUAGCUUAAACUAAACUCAAACUCCGACAGCGCUAACCCUUCUAGCAUUAGUAUGGUUAUCUAGUUAGAAGUUAGAGAAUGACUAACUAGUUGGUUAGUGCGUGAAUCCUCAGGGGAGACUGAGUCCGAGAAGUUCACAGUUCAUGUUUACAGUUACAGCAGCUCGACAUGGAGGAGUCGGACACCGCAGCCAUUCUUCCCGCUGAUGUCCUCAACUCUACAUCCGAAGCGGAGGAAGCUGACGUACCCACCACCGCCGGGAGCUGCGACCCCCCACCCCGGUUCUCAUGGCCGCGGCUGCCGCCGGUGUCCGUGGAGCCGGUGCUGUUCCUGUCCAUGUUCUCUUUGGCCCUGCAGGCGCCUCUGUCCACUCAGUAUCUGUGGGACCGACUCAGCGAGGACCUCGGCUACAACGGCUCCAAGAGGUCGGAGUGCACCAACGGCUCCGUGCCCCCCGACCCUCUGCAGAAGGAGGUGGAAACCCUAACAGCCCACUGGAACCUGUACAUCAGUCUGGCAGGCUUGUCUGUAGGCCUGUUGGUGGUGCCUCUCCUGGGCUCAUGGAGUGACCUUGCGGGUCGCAGGCCAGUCCUCAUCCUCCCUAACCUUGGCCUGGCACUGCAGGCGUUAGUUUACCUCAUAGUGAUGUACCUGAAGCUGCCGGUGGUCUAUUUUCUACUGGGCAGAAUGCUGAGUGGCCUUUCAGGUGAUUUCAAUGCCAUCCUGGCAGGCUGCUUUGCAUAUGUGGCUGAUACCAGUGACAGGAGGUCCCGCACCUUCAGGGUGGCCGUGCUGGAGGCCUGUCUGGGUCUGUCAGGGAUGCUGGCCAGCAUUAUCGGGGGGCAGUGGCGGCGUGCACAAGGGUACAUCAACCCAUUUUGGCUGGCCUUGGCCACCAACUUGGCCUCAGCUCUGUACGCCUACCUGUUUGUUCGAGAGUCUGUCCUGCCCGACCCAAGUGCGAAGCUCCUCACCCCUCGCCACCACAAGGCUGUCUGGCGCCUCUACUCAUCAGGAGGGAGGAGCAGUGAGGAUGGUGGAGGGUUUCAUAGAUACAAGCUAUGGUUUUACACACUCAGCUUCUUCCUGGUGGUGAUGGUACAUUCCGGCUGCAGGGAGCUGUAUGUGCUGUACGAGUUAAGCUCGCCGCUGUGCUGGGGCCCCGCCCUCAUUGGCUAUGGGUCAGCAGCUCAGCACCUGGCCUAUCUGAGCAGUCUGCUGGGGCUGAAGAUCAUGCAGCGCUGCCUGGAGGACUCCUGGGUGGCUCUUGUGGGUCUGGCCUCCAACAUUACAGGGCUAGUGGUGUUCUCUGUAGCUGACACCAUUCAACUCAUGUUCACAGGUUAUGGUCUGUGUUUCCUCUUCAUGGCCGCGACACCUGUUCUCAGGUCGAAGCUGUCAAAGUUGGUGGACCCAUCAGAGCAAGGGGCCCUGUUUGCCUCUGUUGCUUGUGUGGAGAGCUUAUGUUUUCUGGUGGGUAGUGGCGUCUUCAACUCACUGUACCCAGCCACCCUGCACUUUAUGAAGGGCUUCUCCUUCCUUUUUGCUGCCAUCAUCCUCAUCAUGCCUGCUGGAAUAAUAGGGACUCUACAAUGUUUAGAUCAGAGGAGAGCCCCCAGAGAAUCCACAAUAUCCUGACCUGAAAAGAUGCAGCGGAGGAACCUGUCAUGUGGUUUAAGUUCCUCCUGGUGUCAGCGUGUGCAGUGAGCAGCUCUGGCACAGAGACAUCCAUCAUGUCCGUCUGUGAUCCUCAGGGAAACGAUUUUAAGAGCGUUUAGUCACAUCAAGUGAUAAAGACCAGAGGAUGAAGAAUCAAACUUCUGUCUGACUUCGCUGACAAUGUCUUAAUGAUAAGAUGUUGGACACUGGAGUUCUUUUUUAUAUUUGCGGGUCCUAAAAUCUCAAAUUUGUACUCAGGUAGCGGUGUAAUGAAGAAGAUUUUAUUCAUGCUUUUUUUUUGUGACUUGACACGUUUUCAGGAUCAAUGCAAGGAGUGCCAAAGAAUUUUCGGUACAUUUCCAAUUUUUUGUAUAUGGACUUCAAUAGCUUGAAUUUUACACAGCAGAGUAAAGUGCUAGGGGAAGAUAAAGUGCAAGAGGAUUCCGACUAACGAUACGUUUUCAACUAUGUCAUAAAGCAGACUCAAACCACACUAACCUCUUUUGGCACCUACACAAGAAUCAUAUCAAACAGUACAGAGAUGGAUUAGUGCCACAAAAGAAAACGCAGACACAGAUGUUGUAAAAUACUUUUAUCUGAAACAGAACAUAUCAUAAAGAAUCAUGAAGAUGGAAGGAGAUAAAAGCUGCUGUUGUUACCGAAAGACAUUUACAUAGUCAAUAAAAGAUACGAUUGGCAGUUAACUAGGAGUGAUAUGUAUCGUUAUAUGGAUAUGAAAUCAGGAUAUGAGAUUGGUCACACACUUUUUGUUCCUUCUGGGAAAGCUCUUCACAGAGGUUAUCUACCACAAAGUUUAUGAAUCUAAUUGUUUCCUGUAUACCUUUUUUUCACACCAAUAAACUGUCAAUUAACUUUUAUGUUGACAAUGGAAUUUCCAUGCAGAUUUUUCAUCUGCAUCUGGAAUGUACAGUGUCUUACAGAUAAUUCUUUGCUGAUUCUUCACUUAUUUAAAAUCAGAAGGGUUUUUGGACACAUAUCAUCUGCAUUCUCCGAAACUGGGGACUAGUCAGCAGUAUAUAAAGUGGUUAAAUUGAGCUCCACCUGCAUCAGUUAUUAUAUUCAGAUAAUAUAACAUUCAGUAGUCUUGGUACUUGAUGUAUGAUUAUAUUACUUUGGUACUUUUGAUUGCAGGAUUUUAUUCACAACAGAGAAUUUGUACAAACAUAUCCAAACGCAACUACGAUUAAAACUGCAGCAGCAGCCUGGGAUUACUGAGUUACACCUUGACCCUCCUCCCUCCCUCCCUCCUUUUCCCAUAAAGCAGAGUGCACAGUCCAAACUCCCUGAACAACACUGGAUAGUCCCAGAGCUCAGGCCCAUAGCACGACAUGCACACAGGGGUCACAACCUGGUUCCAGAUUGAGGGAACAAGAGCUGUCCAACAGCUUUAAAAUGCACAAAGGGAAGUCAUAAUGUUAAGUGAAGCAUUAACUGGACGACUGUGAAUUGAUCUGCAUGAAGAUUGUUUUUGACACGGGGCAGCAGUUUGUUCGGAUCAUGUGAUCAAAGCCAUUCUUCAGACAAACUGAGCGACAAAACUGACCAAUGAGGCUGUUUUUACUUCAUCAUAAUCACUGUGUGCAGUAUUAAUUGUUUUUAUUGGAAUAGAAGUGUUUUGUUUAUUUUGUGAUUAAGAUUAUGACAGCUGUUCACAUUUCACAUGUAUGUAAGGGAACUUCAAAUGAAAGAUUUUUUCAGUUUUUAACACAUUUUAUUGGUUUUCAUGUUUCAAAUAAAGAGACCAAAUCAU